AUGAGCAAGGGUUAUGUAAGGGAGAGCAUGAGUCCAUGUGCCGUACCUGUAUUGUUGGUGCCAAAGAAAGAUGGAACUUGGAGGAUGUGCGUGGAUUGCCGAUCUAUCAAUAACAUUACGGUAAAGUAUGGUCACCCAAUUCCUAGGUUAGAUGACAAGUUAGAUGAAUUAUAUAGUGCUUGCAUCUUUUCUAAAAUUGACCUUAAGAGCGGCAAGGACCUAGUAGAGCAUUUAGAACAUCUUAAAUGUGUGCUUGUGGUUUUAAGAAAUGAACGACUUUAUGCUAAUUUCAAGAAGUACACAUUUUGCAUGGAUAGAAUCAUAUUUCUAGGAUUUGUGGUGAGUGCUAAUGGGGUUGAAGUUGAUGAAGAAAAUGAGCUUUAUUCUCUAGUUCGAGCCUUGGAGACAUGGCAACACUACCUAUGGCCAAAGGAGUUUGUUAUUCACAUUGACCAUGAAUCAUUGAAACAUUUGCGAGGUCAAGGUAAGGAAAACAUAGUAGCCGUUGCAUUGUCGCGAAGGUAUGUGCUUCUCACUUCUUUAACUGCAAAAUUACUUGGUUUUGAGUAUGUUAAGGACAUGUGUAAAAACGAUCUUGAUUUUUCUAACAUCUAUAAUUCAUGUACUGAGAGGGCUAUUGACAAGUUCUUUAAAUAUGAGGGAUAUUUGUUUUGA